AUGGCGGGUCUUGGGCGAUUGGCUGCCGUCUUGGCUGCGUCAGCGAGCUUGGCAUCCGCAGCGACAAUCAAUCAUGAUUUCAACGUCAGUUGGGUCCGAGCCAAUCCUGACGGAGCGUUUGAGCGACCAGUUAUCGGCAUCAAUGGAAAAUGGCCGAUUCCCAGAAUUGAGUGCAACGUUGGCGACCGCAUUGUUAUCAACGUAAACAACCAGCUCGGAAACCAGUCGACUUCACUCCACUUCCACGGCCUGUUCCAAAAUGGAACCAACAACAUGGACGGCCCAUCAGGCGUCACUCAAUGCUCAAUCCCACCUGGCAAUUCAUUCACAUAUAACUUCACUGUCAACCAACCUGGCACGUACUGGUAUCACUCUCACAACGAUGGCCAGUACCCUGACGGACUGCGUGGCCCUGUUAUCGUCCAUGAUCCCGAGUUUCCGUACAAGAAAGAAGUUGAUGAGGAAAUUGUUCUAACACUAUCGGACUGGUACCAUGAUGAGAUUGCAACGCUCAUUCCUCAGUUUCUGAGCAAGACCAACCCAACCGGUGCAGAACCAGUCCCAAAUGCGGCCCUCAUGAACGAUACUCAAAACAUAACCGUCUCUGUCCAGCCCGGUAAGACGUACAUGUUCCGAGUUGUCAAUAUUGGAGCCUUUGCCGGCCAAUACCUAUGGAUCGAAGGCCACAAGAUACGCAUCGUCGAGGUAGACGGAGUAUACACAAAGGAUGCAGAAGCUGAAAUGGUAUAUAUCGCCGCCGCUCAGAGAGUGAGCUUUCUUUUGACAACCAAAAACGAAACAUCCGCAAAUUACCCCAUUGUCGCAAGCAUGGAUACGACUCUCUUCGACACAUUACCUCCUGAACUCAACUACAAUUCCACUGGCUGGCUCACCUACGACAAGUCCAAAGACUAUCCAGCCGCUGCUCUUGUCGAUGAGCUAAAUGCCUUUGAUGACAUAACCCUCGAAGCCUACGAUGGCAUGGAACUCCUCCCAGAGCCCGAUCGCACCGUCGAACUCGACGUAAUCAUGGACAACCUUGGCAACGGCGCAAACUACGCCUUCUUCAACAACAUCACCUACACAUACCCCAAGGUUCCCACACUAUACACCGCCCUCAGUGCCGGCGACAAGGCCACCGAUCCCAGAGUAUACGGUGAAUACACGCACCCCUUCGUCCUAAAGAAGAAUGAAAUCGUCCAGAUCGUCGUCAACAAUCUCGACAGCGGUCGCCACCCGUUCCAUCUCCACGGCCACAACUUCCAAGCCGUCUACCGCUCCAACGAGUCAGCCGGCACUUUUGAGGACGAGGGUGGCGCGACGGGGAAGACCUUCCCCAAGGUUCCUAUGCGCCGCGACACCAUGGUCAUCUGGCCCAACGGCAACAUGGUUUUGCGAUUCAAAGCCGACAACCCAGGAAUCUGGUUGUUCCACUGCCAUAUUGAAUGGCACGUCGUAUCCGGUCUCAUCGCCACAUUCGUCGAAGCACCCACCGAGCUGCAAAAGACGCUCUCCAUCCCCCCUACUCACCUCCAAGCCUGUAAAUCUUCCAACAUCCUCCCCGAGGGCAACGCAGCCGGCAACACCGUCGACUUCCUCGACCUCACCGGCGAGAAUAAAGCCCCCGCACCUCUACCAGCAGGAUUCACCACACGAGGCAUCGUAGCCCUGGUGUUCAGCUGCAUAACUGGCAUUCUGGGCAUCUGCGUCGUAGCAUGGUACGGCUUCUCCCAGCCCAUUGAGGAAGCACCCCGGGCCGUAACAAGCAUCAUCCGCGACGCAGACAUGUCGGAGUCUGAUAACGCCCAAAAUGUAACUUCUGGUACGAGCACCGCCAGAGAAACUACCUAG